CCCGCUCCGCAGAGCCGGCCCCACUGUCGUGAAGCGCCGCAAAGCGCGGAGCAAGAUGGCGGCAGUGACGGUGCGGGCGGCCGCGGCCGGGCCCGGCCCCGUGGGGCUGCACCGUGACUGGGAGGCGGAGGCCGUCAGCACCGGCACCACCAUCAUGGCUGUGGAGUUCGACGGGGGCGUCAUCAUCGGGGCCGAUUCCCGCACCACCACGGGGUCGUACGUGGCCAACCGGGUGACGGACAAGCUGACCCCCGUCCAUGACCGCAUCUUCUGCUGCCGCUCGGGCUCCGCUGCUGACACCCAGGCAGUGGCUGACGCGGUGGCCUAUCAGCUGGCCUUCCACAGCGUGGAGCUGGAGGAGCCGCCCCGUGUGCGGACAGCUGCACGCCUCUUCCAGCAAACCUGCUACCCGCUACCGCGAGGAGCUGAGCGCCGGCGUCAUCGUGGCCGGAUGGGACCGCGUCGUGGGGGGCAGGUGUACGUGGUGCCCAUGGGGGGGGCUCCUGCUGCGGCAGCCCUUCGCGGUGGGGGGGUCUGCAGUUCCUACAUCUACGGGUUCCUGGACGCCGCCUUCCGCCCGGGGAUGAUGAGCCGCCCGCAGUGCCAGGAGUUCGUUGCCCGUGCGCUGGCGCUGGCGAUGGCGAGGGACGGCUCAAGCGGGGGGGGUCAUCCGGCUGGCGGCCAUCACUGAGGCGGGGGUGGAGCGCAAGGUCCUGGCUGGCCCUGACCUGCCGGGGGGGGACGGCGGCCCCCCCCGCCUGAGGGGGACCCCCCCCCAGACCUGGGGGGGACUCCCCAGCCGGAGGGGAGCCCCCCCGGGGUGGGGGGGACACGGGGCAAUAAAUGGCCCUGUGGA